AUGGCGGGGAGUUUUCUUGAUGAAGUGGUGAGCAAAGUUUUGGAAUUGACCGAAGACUCCCAUACUCAGGUUCGGAUGGCAACUUUCAAAUUCUUGUUGAAUUCUACAAACUUUGUUCAGGCGGUGCAACUCCUUUACCAUCAAAGGCUCGUGCAAGUAUUUUGCAAUGCACUUGACAAUGAACAAGACCUUAACGUAAAGUAUUCUGGUGGUAUCUCAGACUGUACAGAGAUAUGGUUCUAUUCUUUGAAGGAGCAAGCUGCCUCCGCAAUGCAUUUUUUUCUGCAGAACACUUUGCCAGAAAGUUUGACACUGAAUAAGUAUGUGGAUACUGUAAUGGGAAAAUUUUUGCCGUUGCUUCAGGACAAAGAAAGUUCUAAACUAAAAAGUAUUGCAUUGUCAACUUUAAAUAUAACUAUACAACUGUGUGAAGAAGUGGCUCACAAGUACUGUGCAAUCUAUCGUCCAAUGUUGCUGGAAGCAUGCAAUGACGAAAACUCUAAUAUCAGAAAGGAGGCAGCACGGGGGAUUCGAAUUUGUGCAGAGCUUGGAACACCUCAGUUGAAACCUUUUAUCAAUAGAAUAUUGUCAAAACUCAUUGUUUUGAUGAACUAUUCAAAUCAACCACAGAAUGACGAAGCGUUUGACAUUGCAGUUUCUGUUCUAGGAAGAAUUUGUUGA